GAUUAUGAAAUAAAUAAUGAUGAUGAUAAUAAGCUUACAGAUUCUUUGGAAUUGAUAUCUGAAUUAACCUUUAACAGCUGGAACGAAUUUAGGAGUUGGAUUAACAGGUUUGCUUUAAAAGAAGAUUUUAAUUAUAAAAUUAGAACAAGUGAGAAAGUUAAAGAUGUGAUACAAAAGGCUGCUUAUGAAUAUGCUAAAUCAGGUUCAUAUACUUCUUAA